AUGUUUGGUCGGUCUUUGACAGCAGCAGUGCUGGCGACUGCAUUUUUCAUUGGUGAUGGCCAGGCAAGCCAGGCAAGAUGGUCGGCUCGAGGUCCUUCCACACGUAAUAACCAUCAUACUCGCGCAUCUGAGCCCAUCGACACGUCAAACUUUCGAUUCUUAACCAAUAAAACCAAAGAUAAUGUGGUGGAUAGCCUACCAAAUGUUCACUUUGACUUGGGGGAGAUGUAUUCGGGGUAUCUGCCGAUCCGUGGAAAUGAUUCCUUGUUCUAUAUCUUUCAGCCGAAGAUUGGGGACCCAAGCAACGAUCUCACAAUCUGGCUAAGUGGUGGACCAGGGUGCAGUUCAAUGCAGGGGUUUCUGCAACAAAAUGGACGCUUUACUUGGCAGCCCGGCACAUACGAACCAGUCAUUAAUGAGUACUCCUGGGUCAAUUUGACCAACAUGUUAUGGAUCGAUCAACCCGUUGGAGUCGGGUUCUCAAAUGGCACGCCAAGUGUUACCAACGAGGAUCAGCUUGCUGCCGCUUUUAUUGACUUCUUUCAAGAAUUUCAAGAAACAUAUGAUAUCGAGAACUUCCGAAUCUUCUUGACUGGUGAAAGUUAUGCGGGGCGUUACGUGCCUCACAUAUCUGCCGCUAUGCUUGACAAGAACGAUACCAAACACUUUAAUCUCAGCGGAGCUCUGAUGUAUGACGCCUGUAUCGGCCAGUGGGAUUGGAUCCAGGCCGAACUCCCCUCUUAUCCCUUCGUCCAACAACACGCGGAGCUAUUCAACUUUAACCAGUCAUUCAUGGGGGAGCUACAAGAUACCUACGAACAAUGCGGCUACAAAGAGUACUUUGAGCAGUAUUUCACUUUCCCUGCAUCUGGAGUGCAGCCUCCGAAAUACAUGAACUACUCCGAGUGUGACAUCUACAACAUGAUCUACAACGAAGUCUACACCCCGAACCCAUGCUGGAAUCCUUCCAAAGUCAGUCAAACAUGCCCACUCCUAUGGGAUGUCCUAGGCAAUCCCACCGACCUUGCCUACCAACCCGAUCGCGUACCCUAUUUCAACCGCACGGAUGUCAAGCGAGCUCUGCACGUCCCCGAGGAUCUCAAUUGGGAGCUGUGCAGCCUGGAGAGUGUCUUUGUGGGCGCGGAUCUGGGACCCGAGCAGGCGUACGACGAGUCUCCCAACCCGACAGAGCAUGUCCUGCCUCGGAUCAUCGAGGCGACGAAUCGGGUUCUGAUCGCGAAUGGAGAUUGGGAUUAUCUGAUUAUCACGAAUGGAACUUUGAUGGCGAUUCAGAACAUGACUUGGAAUGGAGAAUUGGGCUUCCAGGCUCGUCCUACCAUGCCUAUCGAUAUUGACAUGCCUGACUUGCAAUACGCUGCGGUCUUUGAUGAUCUAGAGGGGUAUGGUGGGUAUGAUGGUCCACAAGGGAUGAUGGGGGUUCAACACUAUGAACGUGGACUGAUGUUUGCUGAAACUUUCCAGGCGGGUCAUCACCAGCCUCAGGAUCAGGGCCGAGUGUCUUAUCGUCAUGUUCAGUGGUUGUUGGGUGAUGAUGAACAUCUUUGA